GGAAGCUACCACCUUACAAUGCUUCAUGAUCAGUUCACUAUUUUCUAAGAAUAAAGAUGUUGUAGGACUUUUUCCAAUGAAAAAUCAAACAGCUACUGAUUUGUUGCCAAUUUUACAUAAAAUAUUAGAAAUUCUGAAACUUGCUGGGUAUGCGAUUUUAACCAUAAUCUCAGAUAAUAACCGUAUUAAUAGGAAGGCAUUUGAAAUAAUGUGUGGUGGCUCAUUGAAAUCUAAUAUCGAAAAUCCAUAUGAUCCAGAAAAACAGAUUUUUAUUUUGUUCGACACAGUUCAUUUGAUGAAAAGCAUUCGAAACAAUUGGUUGAACAACACAGAGACUAAUCAGACUUUUUACAUUCCUGCUAUGAAAUUUUUACCCCCCGGGCAAGCAAUAAAAACUGUUCCUGCAUAUGCAAGUAUUUUGCAUUUAAAACAAUUAUAUAAUCAGGAAAAAGAAUGUUCUGUAAAGUUAGCGCCAUCGCUUACCAGAAAAUCUCUUUUCCCCAAUCACCUAGAACGCCAGGAUGUCCAGACUGCAUUAAAAUUAUUUGAUGACAAAUUGAUCCCUGCUCUUCAAAUGUCUAAAUCAAAAAUAGGCGAAGAUUUAGUCGGAACCAUGCAUUUCAUUGAUAUUUUUUCCAAGUGGUGGAAAAUUAUUAAUGUAAAAGCACCAGAAAAGGGCAAGCAUAAAAGGAAUUUAUACUGUGAUCCAGUUAUCGGGGCUACCUGCCACAUUGUUCAGUUUUUAGAAGAAUUUUGUUUGUGGCUGCAGGAAUGGAAGAAUCUUCCCAGUCCAUAUUUUGCCAAGCCUAAUUCUCGUUGUGGAAAACUAUCUAAAGAAACUUUAUUUGCUCUUCUUCACACAACUCGAACACUGAUCAAUUUAAUUACAUACUUAUUUAAGGAGCAUAAACCUAGCUAUAUAUUACUUGGUAAAUUUCAAACAGACUGUAUUGAAGCAAGAUUCGGCCAAUAUCGGUGUAUGAGUGGUGGAAAUUACCACAUUGGUGUUUCCCAAGUGCUGGAGUCUGAGCGAAAACUCAAGCUUCUGAGUUUGAUGACUUUAAAAUGUAAUAAGAUGGGGACAUUUCAAAUAAAGUCAUUUUUGGAGGCUGUUAAGGAUGCGACUGAGAUUAUAAUUUUUGUCAACAGGGUAUAAAAAAAU